AUGACUUUAUCCAUCUCAAGACUAUGCGUACUAUUUAUUUUACUGGCAAUUUACUCAUGCCAGUUAUCAACAGCUUGGUGGCCAUUCUCUUCAGGAAGUGGAAAAAUUCAAGGGCAACACAGUAAAGAAGAAGAAGAUGAGUUGAAGCAAUCCGUUGACGUUCGACUUGUACCAUUUGAAGUAAAGAGUGCAGACGAUAAAUUUAUCAAGGAUGCCGAUUCCUAUGUUACAUUAUCUCGGCUAGAUUUUUGUAACUUGAGGACAAUUGAUCAACUAAAGAAAUCUUGCGGUGAUAUUUCUGAUGAAGAAUUAGCGAAAUUAAGUGUGGCUCUACUUAAUUGUCAAUCUAAGAUAGAAGGGCGCAAGACUUACCUCUGCACCAAUGAUAUGACCAUAGGUGAAUGCACACAAUCGAUGGAUCCAGAUACCUGGAAUGCUUAUCAUAUAAUUAGCAAUCGUGCAAGAUCUGUUUGCUAUGCUACAAGACAACAACAUUUUCGACGACAGACUGAAUAUACCAUUAAUCGUUUAGCUGAAACAUCGCAAAAUCAGUUGUUGCUAAUGUAUACUUUGCAGGAUCAGUAUAUGGUAUUGGGUAGGUCAGUGAAUAUAACUAUGAAUACUGUCCAUCAUGGGCAGCAAGAUCUUCUCAACCGAAAUGAAAUAUUACGAGUGGAGCAAGCAGAGAUUGAAUCAUCAUUGAAGAGAACUUUAAAGCAAUUAGCCGUUGAAAAAGAGUUGACUAUAGAGCGACAACUCCAGCUAAGGACAUUGACAACGUCUCUGAAGGGAAGUUUAGAGAAUACAGCUAGUGUAAUGAAAAGGCAAGAGUUAGACCGCAAUAUAAGCCUGGAAAAGGUUUUAGAAAGCUUGUCUAAAAUUGAAUACAAAGCCAAAAUGGCUUGGUAUGAAAUUGACAAGAGUACCUCACAAAUCAUCCACUAUCAUCACGAAGUUACACAACAUUACAUACACACUUUGGAAAAUUUGAAACGAUUAAAUCAAACUAUAACUUUUAUUAUGCGAGUUUAUGAAAUUCUACGUUACAAGAUCGAAAAUCACUUAGAUCAAUUUGCAGACAUUCUGGGGUACCAAGGUGAUAAAGUAUCUUUGAUAACAAUGUGUUUUAUACAUUCCGUUUAUAUACUCAUCGCUAUCGUCAUCUUGAAGUUCAUUGAUAUCCCAGCAGUCUUAAAAUUAGGCAUUAUGGCACUUAUUGCAAUCAAUGCUUUAUCUAAACUACGGAAUGGCAAAAGCAUCCGCCUAAUCAGCAUUACCUAUCUCUUAUUGAUCAUUAUCUGCAUUCAUCGACUGAUUGUCAAGUUAUAUCAAAUCUAUCGGAAAAAUCAUCUUGUUAAUCCAGUUGAUGCAGUUUUAACAACGCCACAGCCUAUAAAAAAUCAUUAUAAUAAUUCCUUCAGUGAUACUGAUUAUAGCGCAAAUUCAACGCCCAAGAAUGGUAGGGUUUAUAAGAAGUUAUCGUGGACCCAGACGCCGGAUUAUUAUCCAAUGGAAGAGAAUUAUACAACGCUCCUCCAGGCUUUCAAAAAAGAAAUGGUUAACGGUAUUAACGAAUCCAAUCAUAGCAGUAGUAGUGAGAAAGUUGUUAAUGGUCUAUCACCACUUGUUCCCAGUGCUCAAGUGAGCGAUGCCGAUGAUCCUAGCGCUAAAUGGACCUUCAAGAAUCCACGUUGCCAAGCAAGUACUACAACUGGAAGGCAGUGUAGAUUGCCAAGUGUUGCAGGCUAUGAUCGAUGCUAUCGACAUAAGCAAACUGCGAAAAAAUAA